GCAGCCGUACUUUCUCUUUAAUGAUGUGCCAUGUGAUCUGACUUGGUAGGUCAAAACGCUUGGGCCGGCCAAUACAGCACAGGGGUGAGCCUGCUGAGAUAAGCGGCCGCUACAUCCUCGCGACGGUUUGUAGGUUAGAUAUCAACUCUACUAUCCAACCCGCACAAGAAUAGCCCAUAUGACUGGGACCAAACGCUCUUGGGUAGGCGACCUAGCCCAAGAUCCAAAAUCAGACAUGACACCCCACGACAGCAGCAUAGAUGGAGACACAUCCACCAUUCGGUCAAUUUUCAACACUUUCCGCGGCGAUCUAGACGAGCACCAUGACCGCCGAGAACGUGUGAUUAAAGCUUCAAGAGACAUUACGGCUCUGAGUAAAAAGAUUAUAUUCUCCUUGCAUCGAGUUCGCGCUCUGAAUAAACCCCUCCCCAAAAACAUCACGGAGGACAACCAAGAACGGCUAGCGCAAAUAACUGCCCUCUUCAACUCCGUCGUACCCGACUUGGCUGGAAUCAACGAGCACCGAUACCAAUGGCAAAUCAGCCCCGGUAUCCAGGAAUACAUCGAAGCUGCCACAUUCCAACACUAUGUAGAGACCCAGCGACUCAUGUCCCUUGAUGACGUGACCGAGUCAUUACCUCCAGGCAUCCUCGUGACGGAGGCGGACUACAUCCUAGGCUUAUUCGAUUUGACGGGAGAAAUGAUGCGCUUUGCCAUCACAACAAUGGCGGCUGAUUCCGUCAAAACCAUGUCCGUCGAUGGUGCUGCGCCUACUGGCUCUAACGAGAAGGACACUAGUCGUGGUAGCAUCCUGCUAGACCUACGGCAACUUCGUGCCAUGUUUGAAUCAAUAAAUGUACCGCGGGGACAUAGCUUGAACCGGGACUUCGGAAAAAAGCUAGAGGUGAUGCAGAGGUGCGUGGAGAAGGUGGAGCGGGCCGCCUAUGGUUUGCUUGUACGGGGAAGCGAGCGACCUGGGGGAUGGAUUCCGGAUUUGACCGGCCCCCCUCAGGUAGAGAGCUAUUGAAUCUGUAUUCUGUCUUAACUAAUUAAUAUCACGUUUCCUCUGGUCUACGGGUGUAUGAUGAGCAUCUGUUUUGAUAACUGGGCGAGGAGUCAAGGUUUACGAAAAACAAAUAAAAUUUUCGCGUGUUUUAUGACGCAAUAGGCCAUAAAAGUGUGAGUUUUUUAAUGCGGGAUAACUACCGCGAUGAGGCUUGGUGGGUAUGCUGUGACUAUAAGACACUUGAUAGUGCCACAUGCCUUGUUGGGUACAAGGUUCCGUACCUUGAUAAGUACCAUCCAUUGCGAAGCGCCAGUAUUUACCAGAGGAAAUAAUAAAAAUUCACUUUGCUAAAUACAAUAUCAUGCUUCAUUUAAUCAUUGACGGACGGGUCCACUACGAACCCACGACUGGAUAUCAAUCCCAUUGGGUGGGUUUAGUCAUCCUAAAGGCGCAAUGUGUAUCAAGGCCAGAAAAUCGCAUCAUAAUAGAACAUGACCGGGUAAAAUAUUUUCGGAUCAUCCGACCGUACAAUUCUGAAGCCGAUCUGUGAUGAUUGAAAAAGAGAAGAUAUAGUCCCAUCCCAUGAGCAAAGCAAACAGAGGCGCACAGAAUUAGAAAAUAAAGAACUCCAUGAAUCUCGUCAACCCAUCAUCGAUUCGCUGGGUACGGGCAUACAUAGCAUCUAGCAUAACCGUUGAGCAUCCCCCUAUUGAGCUGGGUGGGUAGGGUCUUCAUUCUCAUCAAGGAUCCCGAGAUGAAUGAGCUCCUCAGGCUUGGGGCGGCUCUGGAUCUUAUGUUCCAGAUGAUCAGCCAGCAUAUGCUUCUCUAGCUCACGCGCAUUGGCCUGGAGAGCCGGAGCAGCGGUGGAAGGUGGGAUGAUGUUUCCUAAUAUUGGAUUGGGUGUUAGGCUGCUACGCAUUACUGGGGAAGCCGAUGUCGGAUAGUUAUGAAUUCAUACUCUCCACAAGGUCUUCGCGAUCGGGCCUUUUCUCCAGAUGCUUCUUGAGGCUAUCUGCAGCCUUCUGACGGGCUAACUCCUGUUGUGCUGCCUGCAGGGACCUGGCCGCAAAGGGGUGGUGUUAGCGAGUUUGGGACCUUUCAAAUUUGGGGAUAGGAAUGACCGAGAGGGCAAACAUACGGAGCAAGAUUGGUAUCGAGGAGGAUAUGUCUCUCUUUCAAAUCUUGCGGCUCGGGACGGUGUUGGAGAUACUUCUCUAGCGAGUUGCGCCGCUCGACGGGCGAAAUGGGGGAAGUGUCAACGUUUGAGGACUCAGCCAUGGGUGGUUAGCUGAAUAGAUACUAGGUAGCGAGGGAUGAAGGAGGGAUGUUGUUAGUUGUUAAUACUGGGUAUAUGAUUGAGACUGAAGUAACUAGAGAGCUAAGAUCAAGUUCAUAGUACACAGAAUGUGUGCAGAGAAAAGUGUCAGAGUCUGUUAAUUUGUAUAGGAGUCACUGAGAGGAGUAGUACUCUGUGAUACCUGGCUCUUUU